CCGAGUCCCAGGGGCGGACCAGCCUCGCGCUCCAGCCCACCCACCGGGAUUCCCUCCGCAGCCAAUCGCGGCUGAGCCGCCGGCCUGCCCCUAACAAAGAUGGCGGGGGAGGCCUCCGUAGGGGCAGGCUGAUUUAACACCCAAACCCGCGGCGGCUAAGGAAGACAGUGGGAGCGACGCGGCGCGAGCAUGGAGGGCGGCAGCGGGGGCAGCGGCGGCAGCGACGGCAGCACGGGCGGGAGCGGCGGGGCGCAGCAAAGGGAGCUGGAGCGCAUGGCUGAGGUCCUGGUCACCGGGGAGCAGCUACGGCUCAGGCUGCAUGAAGAAAAAGUUAUUAAAGAUAGGCGACAUCAUCUCAAAACCUACCCAAACUGCUUUGUCGCAAAAGAACUGAUUGACUGGCUGAUUGAGCACAAAGAGGCUUCUGACAGAGAGACAGCAAUCAAACUCAUGCAGAAGUUAGCAGACCGGGGCAUCAUUCAUCACGUGUGUGAUGAGCAUAAGGAGUUCAAGGAUGUCAAACUCUUCUACCGUUUUAGAAAGGACGACGGUACCUUCCCGUUGGACAAUGAAGUGAAGGCCUUCAUGAGGGGACAGAGGCUGUAUGAGAAGCUGAUGAGCCCUGAAAACACACUCCUGCAAGCGAGGGAAGAGGAAGGGGUCAAGUAUGAACGCACCUUCAUGGCAUCUGAAUUCCUGGAUUGGCUGGUUCAGGAAGGUGAGGCCACGACAAGGAAAGAGGCCGAGCAGCUUUGCCACCGGCUUAUGGAACACGGCAUCAUACAGCAUGUGUCCAACAAGCACCCAUUUGUGGACAGCAACCUUCUCUACCAGUUCAGAAUGAACUUCCGGCGGAGGCGCAGACUGAUGGAGCUGCUCAAUGAAAAAUCUCCCUCCUCUCAGGAAACUCACGACAGCCCCUUCUGCCUGAGGAAGCAGAGCCAUGACAAUCGGAAAUCUACCAGUUUUAUGUCCGUCAGCCCCAGCAAGGAGAUCAAGAUUGUGUCUGCGGUGCGGAGGAGCAGCAUGAGCAGCUGCGGCAGCAGUGGCUACUUCAGCAGCAGCCCCACGCUCAGCAGCAGCCCCCCUGUGCUCUGCAACCCCAAGUCCGUGUUGAAGAGACCUGUAACUUCUGAGGAACUCCUGACUCCCGGAGCUCCGUAUGCAAGGAAGACGUUCACGAUUGUUGGUGACGCUGUUGGUUGGGGCUUUGUGGUGCGGGGAAGUAAGCCGUGCCACAUCCAGGCCGUGGACCCCAGUGGCCCAGCAGCGGCGGCAGGAAUGAAGGUCUGUCAGUUUGUCGUCUCUGUAAAUGGGCUCAAUGUGCUGCAUGUAGACUACCGGACCGUGAGCAAUCUGAUUCUGACAGGCCCUCGGACGAUCGUCAUGGAAGUCAUGGAGGAGUUAGAGUGCUGAGCAGGUGGACGUCCUGCCCUUAUGUGGCCUGAGGAUGAUCAAAGCCAGGACAACACAAAGCAAUGCAAUGACAAGACUUCCAUUCAAAUGGAUGGUUUUGGACACACAAAUCUUUUCUCCAUACAUACACAUCUUGAUUUGAGUUUCAUACACUGUUUGAAUGUGGAAAAACUGGGUAGAUCAUAUAAAAAAAAACCAAAUAAAAAACCCAAUUUACAUCAGUGUAGAAAAAAAUUCAGAAAUAGAAUUUCCUUACAUAGUAGAAUUGCCUUACUCGAUUUCUAUUUGUAGUUCUCAGCCAUUGUUUUUUAUCUUAGUUCACCGAAAGUUGUCAAAAAUGCUCCUCUGGCCAAAACAGUGACAUGCUAAAAUCCCCUCAUAGGAGUCAAUAGAAUAAUUGUUAGAGAUUUUAAAUUGUUCUCUUACCAAAAUGAACAUGGAGCUGUUUAUUAAAGGAUCUGGGUUUCACCACGCUUCUAAUUAAAGCCAUCUUCAAAGGAAUAUUACCUGCUAUCUAGCAUUUUGAAGAAGGUCCUAAAGCAUUCAAGUGCUUGAAAGCCAUUGAAAAAAAUGACUUUUUCUUAAUUCCCGCCUUUAGUAUCAACUUCUAACAUAUGUUUUCAAUUAUGGCAUUAGUUAGGAAACAAAAACCUCGUGAUGAAUAUGGAUGGGAUAAAUAGAAAGAUACUACUUAUGAUUAUUUGCUCUGAUUUCUCUUUCUGAGCCUAAAUAAUUUUGUAUUAUCAAUCAGUUCCAGAAGCUUCCUAGAAUUAAUCCAGCAUAUGUUGAAUGUCAAAACAGAGGAAUUUGUAUAUACACAUAUCAAGCCUCAGGCAAGAUUUCACUUUGAAGUUGUCCCUUUUUAAGUGAAGUAUCCUAGAACUUGGCCCAUAUGUGAUAAAACUUGAACUUAAAUUGCCUUGUUGGCCUGAAUUUUUACUAGCUUUCUAGUGUAACACAUUCAAAGGAAUGACAUGUCCUGCUUAGUUGGUGGGAUUAUUUUUCACCAAAACAUCGUCUUGUGUUGUCAUCUUUCAGCCCACUGUAUAUAUGCAUGUUUCUUUUUUUGGUUUAGAAAAGAAUGCAUUUGGGGGCUUGGUGUAUAGAGGAAAUUCCUCAAAGUGCCAAAUUAGGUAGUCAGGGAAUGCAAAACUCUUAAUUUCAUAUAAUGCAUUCUGAACAACUAGGUUACUUUCUUAUCAUGUAUUAACAAAACGAAAUAUGAAUGUUGUACCUCAGCCAUGCUUUUUGUGAUAGGUUAUCAUAACGUAAUGGUACUGGUGGAAUGGAUGUCAUGCCGUGUUAAAGAUGUUACAUGUAUGUGUUUCUGGUCAUCCAACUUUUCUGAUCUUAGCUUUAGUCAGAGAGUAGGAUUUUGAAAUAAUAUAGAAUGUCUCACAUUCGUACCGUCGAUCUACAUUUGGGAGCUAGUAUCGUCUCUGUUUGUAUGUGCAUUUAUACUGUAUGCCAGGCUUUGUGCUACGGCACCUAACAUGUGAUCCCUUUGAAACUUCAUCAAAACCCUCCAAGAUAGAUAUUAUUACCCUCAUUUCUCAGAUGUGGCAACUAAGUCGGGGCAAACUUCAGAAUGGUCUCCGUGUUCACACAGCUGCGAGAACUACCAAGAUUCAAACAUGAGUUUGUCUAAUGCUAAAUCCGGUGUUCCCGCCCCUCCCUCAGCCUUUCCCACUGUUGGGAGCUUAUUUUGUACCCAGUGCUGCGCUAGCACCCUACAUCACUUAUUCCUACUGACCUGUGAGGCCACUAUGGCCAUUAUCUCCAUUUUACAGCUGAGGAAGCUGAUUCAUCAAGAGAUUAGUCAUGUGCCUGAGGCCACACAACUAGUAAGUGGGAGACUUUAUGAUUCAGCUUGAAAAGUUUUUAUGACAUCUUUAAAAGAUGAGUCUUAAAUGCUGCCUGGGCCCAGGGCUUCAUUAAGUGACAAAAGAAGGAAGACCACCUUUGACAAGGGAAUCUUCUUCUUGCCUGCCAUCUGUACUUUGUACUCACAUCCUACUGCCCGUCAUCUUGGGUCCUGGCAUAAUCUCACUUCCCUUGGACCAAGCUAAGUACCAGAAAAGCAUCUAGUCAUUCAACCAGAUGCUUUCUUUACUCCAUUCAGCUUCCUGCCAGAAGAGUUUCUUUGAUUCAGAGAGUGUUAGUGAUGUCUUUGGUCAAAUGACUGCUAGGGGAAGAAAAGGAGGAAAGAAAGAAGGAAAGAAAGGAAGCAGGAAGUGUUUCUUCCUUUGGUUCCCAUCACCCUCAGUUUAAAGGCCAGCUUCCAGAGAAUUCUACUUAAGGCCAAGAGAGCUUUACCUUAGCUACUCCCGCAGCACCCCCUGACAUCCUUACCUGGUAAUUAAAGUGAGUGUUCUCAUUCCCAUCAGGCCACUAUUUAGCUCUCUCCAGCCUUUUCACAUAUAGCUCCUCCUCUCUGGAAUAUGAUUUCCCCUUCUUUGCCUGGAGAAAUCUGUCUAAUGAACUCCCCUUAGAUAUUACCUUCUCUGAGAAACCUUUGCCAGCUCCCUGGUUCAGAAAUCAACUCCCCUUCUUCAAAUGCCCAUGGGGCCUUAUGCAUCAACCCCCUGUGGUGACAGCACUGAUGAUAUUUACUGUGAGGUUGUCCCCCCACAUGUCUGUCUCCCUAACUUUUCACUCUGAGCAUCUGCAGCAUGGGACUGUGUCUUGUCACCCAGGUGUUUCCCUCACCUGGCACAGUUUGUGAUUAUAGUAGCAUACCAGCUAUCCAUGGCUGCCUAACAAACCACCCCACAACAUGGCUUAUAACAUUCUAUGUGCUCAUGAUAACAUUCUAUGUGCUCAUGAUCCUGUGCAUUGGCAAUUUGGGCAGAGCUUUGCAGGGAUGGCCAGCCACUGCUCAGGUAGUGCUGGUUGGGUUCCCACACACAUUUGUGGUGUAGGAUGGCUCUGUUCAUGUGUCUCACAGAUGGCUGGGGGUGUUGACUGAGGUGCCUCCAUUUCACCCCAUGUGGCCUUUCCCCAUAGGAUUCCUCGUUAGACCUCAUGAGAUCAAAGAAGGUGAGAAUGGAAACUGCAGGACCUUUUGUGGACUUGCCUGGAAAGUCACACAGUGUUACUCCUGUAACAUGUUGUCAGUCAAAGCAAGUCACUACAGAAUGAGCACUGGGUGUUAUUCUGUAUGUUGGCAAAUUGAACACCAAUAAAAAAUAGAUUUAUUAUUAAAUAAAAUAAAUAAAUAAAAUAAAAUAGUAUUUCAAAAAAAAAAAAAGCAAGUCACUAAACUAACUCAGAGUCAAGAGGUGGGGAAUAGGCUCUACCUUUGAUGGGAGGAGCUGCAAAGAAUUUGUGGCUACUUUUAAUCCACUAAGAGUAGGUACUUACCAUUCAUAGAAUAAAAGACUAAGGAAUUAGCCAGCUAUUGAAAGGCUUCAGCUUUUCAGAUGCAAAUUCCUGACCAAACACUGGGUAGAAGUUUGAUAUUAAGUUGUGAAUAAAGCCCAGUGCCUAAUGAAAACUUCAAAGUCGGAAAAUCCUAAAAUAAUGGUGCCACAUGGAGCCAUAGAGAGCAUGAUUUCGUGUCCGCAUUUUACUGAUGAGGACACUGCAGUGUGGAAUGUUCAGGUGGCGCACCCCAGCUCAAGAGGCUUGCUGGGGCAAGAGCCCGGGUUAGACACCAGUCUUCUGUCGCCUAAUUAUAUGUCCUUUACAAGAUAGCUUUUUGUGGUGGACACAGAUGUGGUAAAAAUAGGCCUCUGGCUUCUGGAUAUUCACAAAAUGCAAGUAGUGCCAAUUACCUGUGAACAUGAAGGGUGUACAUUUUAAUUGACUCAGGCCUGGGAUUGUUAAAUCAUAUCAUUAAAAAAAUAAAUAUUUUGUGUGAUAUUUUAACAGGUGAAUUGCUUUAAAAUUUAGAAACUCCAUUCCUAAAUGUAACACCAAGAAUUAUUCUAAAUUAACAGUAAGCAAUAUUUCUAAGAGCUUUUAUUUCGUGUGUGUGUGUAUGUGUGUAUCAGUGUAUUGCGUGUGUGGUUUUACUCACCGAGGGUCCCUGAAAUGGCUUUCUUUGUUCCCAGAGAAAACAGUUUUGAUUUUUUAGGUGGAAAUCUUUAGUUUCUUCAUCAGUGUAAUAUGUGCUAUCAGUUCAAAUUUGAAAGCCACGUUUAUUAUUUCUGCUGUGGGGAGAAAAAUGCAGUUGCCUUUUGGGUUGGUUCUGUUGUGUGAUGUUUUACUAUUAAUCUCUGAUGGAUAAUUGCAUAAAUCGAUAAGGGGAAUAGGUGAGAAAUGAUGGGUAACAGGAAGCAGAUAUCCAUGUCUGAUAGAUUAGAUGGGGUCAGCUUCCUGCCAUUUUAUCAAGGGUGAUAGCAAUCAGCAAUUAACAAUUUAAAAAUCAUUGCCUUCAGUUCAAAAUGGAGUGUCACAUUUCCAAAUAAUUCAUUCUUUUCAAAUACUUGUGACAAUAGUCUACUUUCAAGACCUAUUUUAAACUGACAUUAGCUAUUCUCUCCUAUUGAGUAUUAAUCCUGUUUCGUUUUCAUCAGGAAAACUCUGGAACAUUUCAGUUUUGCCAACUGGUUAGAGUCCGUUGAUACCACUGAGCAUUGUUUUACUAUUUGAGGCAGAAUUUCAGGUAUAAUAUGCUUUUCCUCAAUUCAACACCAAAAGGACAAAUCUGCAGCAUACCAAAAUGAAGUUCAUCAUCAAAGUUAGCAUAUAAUAUUAUCAAAUGCAUUAAUAUAUGUACUUAAUAUAUAUGUUUAUUUUUAAAUUGGGUUGAAUGUAUGUUCCCCCUUCUUGAGAAUUGUAGCAUAACACUUAAAAUUAUAAUAUGAAAAUAGAUUGUAUAGUAUGAAAUAAAUGUUAAAUUUUUUUAAUGGUGACUUUAGGUUUACAGCUUUUCCUGUCUUUUAGAACAAAUUAGUCAUUUUUUUUUUAUCCUAAGAAAGGGUUGCAUUAUAAAGUUGCUCUACUACUCACCUAUCAGAGAAAACACAUGGGACUCAUAUCUAAUUCUCUAAUGUAGCCAAAAGUGCCGUUUGUAACACUACUUAAUGAUGGAUGUUUUCUGAAGCUCUUUUGCCUGAAAAAAAAAAAAAAGUGCAUUAAAAAGCUUUUUCUGUACUGUAUUUGAUUUGGAAUCAUUUUCUCCCAACAUAGCCCUGUAUUGAUGAGCAUUGUGGAAUAGUCUAUAUAGAAAAAUGCUACGUAGUUGUUUACUACUGUGGGAGAAUGUUCGUUCUUUUUUUAUUUUCAACUACUUAGGAAAUUGAUUAUGUAAUUCAGAAUGUGUAGGGGCAGGGUAAAGUAUGGGAGUUAGUGAUUAUUUGGAUUACACUCAGUAUUAACUAAAAGAACUUCACGUUUUUCUCUCAUUUCCUUCCUUCCUUCCUUCAUUUUUCAUUCAUUCCUUCCUUCCUUCCUUCCUUCAUUCAUUCAUUCAUUCAAGAAAACUCACUGAGACUUUGUUUGGCUAGGCAUUGCAUAUAGAUCCUGGAAAUACAAAACUGAGUAGGUACGACCGUGGAUCCACCUCAUCCUUUGAGUCACCUUUGGGCCUGCCUCCUAGAAGUGUUCUCUCCAUCAAAGAGGGUGGGGCGGGCUAUGAUAUUAUGGUGUUGAAGCAGGUGGUCAAAUGCCAGAAACUACCAUCUAAUCCAAGAACUACAAGACCAGCAGCAACUUACAUUUAACUGUAUCUUUCGCACAACCAUGUCCCCACUUUCCUGCACCCAAGGUAACCACAGUGCUGAGUGCUGACUUUACCAUUCUCUUAUUCUUGAUCAUUGUUUAGAUUUUUUAAAAAUGAAAUUUAUUAAAAGAGCAUCAAGUUUUAUAUGAUCUGAGAUUUGCAUGUUUUCGUUCAGGAUUAUAUUACUAAGGUUCUUCUAGAUUUUUGUGUGUAGUCAUAAUUCGUUCAUUUUUCACAGGUUCAUAAAUUUCUAGAGCACAAGCUAUUUACUUGUCAUUGGGCAUUUGGGUUGCUUCCACUGCUGUUGUUAUCAUCAUUAAUAGGGUUAUUAUGAACAUUCUUCUACCAUCUCCUGGGAAUAAGCAAUGGAAUUUAUCUUAGGUAUUUACUUGGGAGAAGAAUUACUGAGUCAUGGGAAAUGUGAGUGCUUACCUUACAAGUUCACAUCUAACUAGUUUCCAAAGCGGUGAAUCACUGUAUACUCCCUUCCAAAAUAUGAAAGUGGUAUAUGUUGUGAAUAGCUUCUCCAACACUUGAUAUUCUGUGACUUCUUAAUUUUUGUCAAAUAAAUGUCUAUUUGGUCAAUGG